UCAACUUCGUUCGAGUCGGCACGUUCUUUGCGGCUUUCUCGCUCCCAGCUCCAAGCAAGAAGAAUCGAUCCCCGAGAUUUGGACCAGCUGUAGACGAAAGUCAAGGUCCUCGUCGACGACUCCUGCGGUCUCCCGCUUGCCUGCGUGGUCGUGUAGGACAGGCACAGCAUCUUACCUUUGGGAGCACCUUUUAACCUUUCCUCCCGCCGCCCACCGACCGAUCCAGACGUCAGAUGUCAGCCCCGUGAGCGUCUGACUAUAGCAAGUUACAAUCGUCCACGGAGACGUAGCUAUCAUGACUUUCACCGAACGAACGACGAGAUGCUUGGGCAUCUUCGCCUUGGCGCUAUCAUCAUGGGCGACGAUGGCACAGGCUGCGCCAGAACCCGAAAUCCUCAUGCCUCGACAAUUGACGCAGAACCUCUGCUCUAAUACGAACACGGCCUCCAUGAGCGCAAACCUCAGCACGUGGCAGACGAAUGGACUUUGCACCGACUUCUGUCGAGACAAGAACUAUGCCUUUGCCAUUGUCCAGUGGCAAUCCUGUUGGUGCUCUGAUGUCGCGCCGGCCGCGUCCAGCGAAGCUGGAGUCAGCGACAAAUGCAACGACAUCUGCCCCGGCUACGAUAUUGAGCACUGCGGCUCGAGGCCCAACUACUACGGAUACCUGACGCUGGCAAAGACUCCUACCAGCACUGCCGGCAGCGGAGGUGACAGCUCGUCAUCGUCCAAGGCAGCGGCCAGCACUACCGCACAACAAGCAUCCCCGGCCCCGCCUGCAACAACCGUACAAAUCAUCACACAAGUAAAAACUGAGACAAUUCAGAACACAGUCACGCCCGACCCGGAAACGACGACGACGUCAACAACAACUACUUCGAGUAGUAGCAAACCGAGAUCGACGGUUCAAACGGUGACAGCCGAUGGAACCGUGAGAACCAUCUUCGUCACGCCGACUGCGACGGGGACCGAAGGAGCCACAGGGGCUCCCGAACUGACGCCCGGGAACCAAUCAUCGUCAAAUGGACCCAGCACCGGUGCUGUUGUUGGAAUCGUGGUCGGUGUUAUUGCCGCGGUCGUGGCCAUUGCAGGACUGGGACUCUUCUUGUUAUUCAGACGUCGGAGACAACAACAAAACGAGAAUGACAAGUACGACGAGCCCAGCCACCGGGGUAGUUCCGCCGGCAUGACCGGCUCGCCACGAAACCCCGAAAUGGUUGUUACCGUCGAUGGAGGACGAUGGGAUCCCGACGCCUCAAGCGACCAUCGCCGAAGCCGCCUUCUCGCUCACGACCCUCGCCUGGACCCUCUCCCGAGAGGUCUCUACGUGCACAACAAGAGUGCAGAGAGUAUUAACACCCUACGCGACGACCAAGAUUACUCCCGCAAGGUUCACCAGCCGGUUUUGCGGGCGACCAACCCGGAUCCUGACACUUGAUGAAAGUCGAUGGAACAAUCGGGCGGACCAAGACGACGAGAUGUCAUGCACUCGUUUACGACGUACACGAAUUCGGUCCAGGUACCAAUUUUCGGUAUUCGCAUUGCGUUUUUGAGAUACCAGGACGGCGUUUCCAUUCAU